CACUGUGAGCGGCGCGGUCCGGCCCGGCAGGGAGCGGCCGCCGUUGCCUGGCACCGCCGCCUUUUCCCCGCACCGGUAGGGGCGCCGGGCCUGCGCUUCGCGGCCGCGCCGCCAUGAAGGCCAUCGUGCAGCGGGUGGCCCAGGCCAGCGUCACAGUGGGUGGUGAACAAAUAAGUUCGAUAGGACGAGGCCUCUGUGUGCUGCUGGGCAUUUCCUUGGAGGAUACGCAAAGAGAGCUGGAGCACAUGGUUCGAAAGAUCUUGAACUUGCGAGUAUUUGAAGAUGAAAGCGGGAAGCACUGGUCCAAAAGCGUGAUGGACAAACAGUAUGAAGUGUUGUGUGUGAGCCAAUUUACUCUCCAGUGCAUCCUGAAAGGAAACAAGCCUGACUACCACAUGGCAAUGCCCACAGAGCAGGCAGAGUGUUUUUAUAACAACUUCCUAGAGCAGCUAAGAAAAGCCUACAAGCCAGAGCUUAUUAAAGAUGGCAAGUUUGGGGCCUACAUGCAGGUCCACAUCCAGAAUGAUGGUCCUGUAACAAUAGAAUUGGAGUCCCCAGCUGCUACUGUUGACCCUAAACAGCUGACGAAACUUGAAAAACAGCAACAAAGAAAAGAGAAGACCAGAACCAAGGUGCCCUCUGAGUCAAGUAGAGAAAGAAAUGUUCCCCGGAACAAGGAUGAUCCCAGUGCAAGCAGCGGAGCAGAAGGAGAUGUGUCUUCGGAAAGGGAGCCUUAGCUCAUCCAAAGCAGGCCUCAGUUUCUCAUACAAAACCUACACUGGAUUCUUGAAGAGACCCAACCUUCACCUCAGCACCACUCUUCAAUGACUUUGGAAAAGAAUGGAGAACGGGAAAACAGAACUAAGACAUUAGAAACCUGUAUCAUUCUGUAUUGAAACAACCAAAGCAAUGCUCUCAGAUCCAGUUGUUAACGUGUAGUAUCAGUAGUAAAAAGGACUUGUAACAUUUUUGUGUAUGUGUUUUCACAUGACCGCUGAGUAAGGGAUGACUAUAGGCAGCUUGUAGCAGAACAUUUACUCUCAGUACAUAAGCUCCAUUUCAAAAAGAAAUCAGGGUUUUUCCUUAAACUUACACUUGAAUUCUGAAGAUUAUCCAGGCAGGCUUGUAUAUUGCUUCUCACUCCGUGGUGUCAUGUGCGACCUGUUUUCAUGGCAGCCUGUAAAUCUGUGUAUAUUUUGUAUGUUGUCCAGCUGCUACGUAACACCAGGGUAGGCAGUCCAGUCUUUCUGCAUGGAUUAAGUUAUUAAGAGGAGAGAUCAGCUGCUACUUGUUUAUUCUGUGGAGCACAUCUGUCUUGUAAACUUUUUCUAAGAACAGAAAAGACUUUAUUAAACAAAUGAUGCUA